UAUAUUUUCCUUCUCAAACCUUAUCCCUUGAGUUAUCCUCAGCCAUGGCGUCACUGUUGCUAGCAUCACCUCCUCCACUUGUCAUUCAAUCUCACGCUACCUCUUCUCACCUUUCCUUCUUUCACUCCCAAACUCUCUUCUCCCCGCUCUUCACACCCCUUCCUUCACUCUCCGCCUCUGCCACCUCCACUUUUUCACCAACCCCUUUUGUCUACUGUGGCAGAGGCGACAGGAAAACUGCAAAGGGAAAGCGCUUCAACCAUUCAUUUGGAAAUGCAAGGCCAAAGGAUAAGAAGAAGGGUAGAGGACCACCGAGGCUUUAUUCUCCUCCGGCACCUUCCAAGAAAGACAAAUUCGAAGAUAACGAGGUCGUGAAGAUUGAAAUUGAUGAGUCCCUCUUUUCUGGUUGAUUUUUGUGGUGAAAUUGUAAUUUGUACUAUUUCGUGGUUUAGUUGUUGAUAUAUGUGAUUCCAUUAUGGCAUGUACGAUUUGGAUUUUGAUAAUGUUAUAUCAGUUUUUAUUAUUUUCUUAGUUGAGUUCACCGUGCUUUAUUUGUCUUGUUUUAAACUCUAUUAUGAAGACUCUUGCUUUAGCAUUUUGGAAUUGGGGAUUGGAAGAACAGUAAUAAUUUAAUAAAAGAGAAUAAAGAAGGGUGAUAUUUUUAUCUUAGGAUUUGUGCUUCAUUGGAUAUUAUCUCAUUGAUUCUAAGCAACAACUGCCGCUUUUGUUAAUGAAAAGUCUGAGAUGUUAGUCAAAUGAGACAUAGGAGACGGAAAGGACUGUGAGCGCAUCCAUAACACUGGAAAAUGUUUCUGUUUUACUAAAUUAAACCGUGCCAUGAAAAUGCAUGAGAUGUUCUUAUACAGUAAUUCUGCUUUGUUCAAUAAGGUGCUUGGGUAUAAUGUGUUUUUCUAUGUUCAUCUCCAAAA